CUACUUGUUUCGUUUUGCUAAAUAGCUAUUUCUUUUCUCAGACCUGAAUCAAUCCUGAUUGGGGAAAUUUGUAAAGCUGUGUUACAAGCUCUAUCCGGUCAAAUGGUACCAGUUUCAAAUUCGAUUGUUGGUUUGGUGGGAUUAGAGAGAAGGAUUAAUAAGAUUGAACACUGGGCAACUAGUGGGGGUAAAAAUUUGACUAUAGGAGUGUGGGGGCCGGGUGGCAUCGGGAAGACGACUCUUGCAAAGGCCUUCUACGAUAAGUUCUCAAGUCAAUUCGAAGCUUCGUAUUUCUUGAGUAACUUCUCGGAUAAGUUAAGUGGUUCAUCACAGUUGCGUGAUGACUUGCAAAAUGAUUUGUUCUCUGCAUUGUUGGGUGAUGAGAAUGCAUGGAGAAUAUCUCAGGAUUUGAAAGAACAUCGGCUUGGUCGUACGAGGGUUUUGGUUGUCAUUGAUGAUGUGGGUGAUGAUAUUGGAAACAUGAGACACUUGAACGAAUUGUUUAAAGGACGAUAUUGUGAUUUAUUUGCAUCGGGAAGUAUAAUCAUUUUGACAAGUAGGAACCAGCAAGUUCUUAAGAAUGUGUGUCAUCAUGUUCAUGAAGUGGUGGCUCUUGGUGACAAUGAAGCUCUUCGGCUAUUCUGCCUCCGUGCAUUCAAAGAGCAUCAUCCUCCAAUCGAGUAUGUGGAGUGGUCCAAGAGAGCUAUCACUUAUGCACAGGGUAACCCCUUAGCUCUUACUAUUUUAGGUUCACAUUUGUAUGACAGGGACCAAAAUUUUUGGGGUAUCGAAUUGAAAGCGUUGGAGCGUCACCCAAAUCAAGCGAUAGAAAGAGUCUUCCGGAGGAGUUAUGAAGGACUCGGCCGAGUAGAGAGAAAUGUAUUCAUUGAUAUUGCAUGUCUUUAUGGUCGAUGCCAAUUCAAUGACAACGAGUUGAAAAAACUAUUGGAUGGAAACUAUGUUGAACAUGGUGGGAGUGAAAACCUUAUAAUUAACUUUAUUGACAAGUCUAUGUUAACAACUGUCUUCGUCUUUCCUGAUCAUCGUAUCGUAAAAAUGCAUGGGCUGCUGAGUGAUUUGGGUCGUAGAAUUGUCAAUGAAAACUUCCGACUUGAUAGACGUUCAUGGCUGUUUGAAGCUCAAGACGUAUAUAGUUUUUUUAAACAAGGCAAGGGCAGUAAAGUCACUCGAGGCAUUAGUUGGGAUAAAUCCAGUGGUGAGUUAAGGACAGAGGCAAUACACAUGCAAUCUGAUGCUUUUGUGAAGUUGGAAAAUCUUCGAUACCUUGUGAUACGUAAAUCUGAGACAAAAUUUGUUCUCCCCAAGGACGGUUUGAGAUGUCUACCAAAUUCAUUGAUAAUUCUUACAUGGGACGCAUUUCCAAUGAGAUGUUUACCACAUGAAUUUUGUCCGGAGAAUCUUACAUCAUUGUCUUUGCCUUCAAGCAAAGUGAGAAAACUUUGGGACGACACACGGAAUAUGAGAAAUUUGAAGUUCCUUGAUCUAAGCAGAUUUAAAUACUUGAAGAAGUUGCCUGAUCUCUCUACAGCGAAAAGACUGGAAGAAAUCAAUCUUCGUUUCUGUUUCCGCUUGGUGGAGCUUAGUUGGUCGAUUGUGCAUCUACCCAAACUUGAAGUCCUUAAUUUAGAGAAGUGUACCAGCUUGGAGUUGAAUGCAGUGGGAUAUUACACAGAUGUCAACAAGGACGACAAUAUGGCUGCCAUUUUCCCGGAACUAAAAAGAUUGAACCUAAGUGGGACAUCAAUUCAAAACCAGAAGUUGGAGGAGCUGAGGAAGUUAAAGGGGUGCAACGAAAUUUCGGCCAAUGAUCAAGAGCUUGUUCAUUUUCGAGAUGUAAUUUUUCAGUCGAAAGCUCUUGAGGAGAUCUGUUUAUCUAAUUGCAUCACGUUGAAGGAACUUCCAAAAAUCUUGGUACCCAUGGAAGCUUUAACACUAUUAAUUCUAGGUGGGUGCACCAGUCUAUCACGACUUCCAGAUAGCAUUUGUAAUCUAGGACAUUUGGAAUUUCUUACUCUGCCCGGUACAGCAAUCCGAGAACUACCAGCCACCAUUCACAGGCUAUCCAAAUUGGUUAUGCUCGACUUGUCUGGUUGCAGUCAACUCAGUCACUUACCGGAGCUUCCUUCAUCCUUGACAAAGUUGGAAGCCUAUUGCUGCACCGCACUUCAAACCAUGUCAACUAGCGGCCUGAGGAAAUUUAACUUCCUGAAGAUGGAAUGCAAUUUCGGAAACUGUGGAAAGCUGGAUUCAGAUGUGUGCAGUAUGCUUUUCAAGAAGGUACUCUAUUUACUCUUUUUUGAAUUUUAUUUGAGGCUCACAUAUCAUGAUCAUGAUCAUGAUUAA